GUGUGGUGGUCGCGUGAACCCGUAAAAUCAUCGAUUGUGCGUGUAAUAGUCGCCAAAUCUGGCAACCCGGGGAAGCACUUUUGUGUGGGAGUUGCGUGAAACCGGACACUUUCUCCAGCGCGAAGGACGCUUGACGGUGGAUAUGUUUGCUCUGUUGACUGACCGCAGAGACAAGUGUCGGUGGUUUUAAAGCUGACUUUCUCUGGCUGAAAGCCCGCUCUUCAUCAUCAUCAUCAUCAUCCUCAUCAUCAUCAGCUGAUCCAGGACCUGCGCUUCAGCACCACUGACUGCGUGGGCUGUGAAUGGAGAAUAGGGCGAUGUACCUAACCACCACCCAUGAGGACCGGGAGAACAGCUCUUUCUAUGAGGAAAGCUAUGAUGGCAUGAAUCUGUCCAAACUCAACCUGUGUGAAGAAGUAAAUUCUACAAAGUACAGGAGAAAGACUGAUAAUCGCUGUGGACAGUUGGAUUCUCUCACUUCAAUCAAAUAUGCCAUCGUGUCGCUUUAUAUUCUGGUGCUGCUCACCAUAUUCGGCCUCUGCAUAGCAGUAUCAAAAAGCCAUGCGUCCUGGAGACGUGAGGAAGCACUUCUGGAGAAUGUGACGCGGCUAGGGGAGCAGUCGGAGACCCUGCAGAUGUCUCUCAGCCAGAUCCCGUCCCAGAGCGACCUUCUGGAGAACAUCUGGAAGCUGGAGAGCCUCUUUCACAACCACACUGAACAGCUGAGGCUGCUGGGGUUACUGACACAGGGUCUGGAGCGGGACAUUAAAGACCUGCAGGCCUUCGCAGAGCACACCACUGACUCUGUGGCUCAGCUGUGGGAUCAUCUGUCCAUGAUCAGCCACUCCAGCCAGAGAAAUAGCACCCACCUCGGGGACGAGCUGGCCUCCACUGCCGGCUCCAUCCGAGAGCAGGACGCACUCCUAAAGACAAUGGUGGGGAACGUGGAGACUUUGCAGGAGCGUCUGGAGGAUAUGGGCUGGACGCUGCAGACGCUGAACCAUUCGCUCGGGGGGGACGUGAGUCUGCACCAGAUCAAAAUCUAUGAGCUGCAGGAGAAAAUUGUAAAUGUGACGCACGACACUUUAGGCAUGAAGAUCACACAAACACACCUGGAGGAUCAGCUCCGGAACGAGAUUCAGGUCCUGAACGUGGUCACGGCAGAUCUGAGGCUGAAGGAGUGGGAGCACUCCAUGGCUCUCAAAAAUCUGACCAUAUUUCAAGGACCACCAGGGCCGAAGGGUGAGAAGGGUGAUGUUGGACCCCUGGGACCAGACGGUAUUCCGGGUUGGAUUGGACCAAGAGGCUUGACUGGAGAAAAGGGCGUUCAGGGUCCUCGUGGACUGGCAGGACGAAACGGGCAGGAUGGACACAAUGGAGAUAAAGGAGAGGUCGGCCCUGAGGGACCUAAAGGCGUAAGAGGAGAACGAGGACCGAAAGGAGAGAAGGGAGAGCGGGGAGACAAACAAGGAGAAAAAGUUGAGGAUGCUGUGGUCCGGCUGGUGAACGGCUCCGGGCCUCAUGAGGGCCGGGUGGAGGUCCUGCAUGACCUGCGAUGGGGGACGGUGUGUGACGACGUCUGGGACAUAAAGGAUGGAGACGUUGUGUGCAGGAUGCUGGGAUUCCGCGGCGCCAAAGAAAUACACAAGACGGGACGAUUCGGACAAGGCACCGGGCUAAUCUGGAUGGACGAUGUUGCUUGUGUUGGUACUGAGGACUCCAUUGACCUGUGUAAGUUCUCGGGAUGGGGAAAAACCAACUGCGGUCAUGUAGAGGACGCAGGGGUGACCUGUAACGUGUAACCCGUUCAAGUAUUCAACAUCCUGCAGAAUGGACUGUCAACCAGUGAGUUUGGAGGACUUACGGAGAGCUGGAAGAAGCGUUGUGUUCGUCUACACAGUAGAAGACUUGCAUGAACCUGACUGUGUGAAAGUCAGCAUACCAGCAAACAGCCCAUAGCCAAACACUCCAGCCAUAGCCAUCAAACAGAGGGACUCAUAUCUCUGUGUGUGUGUGUAGAUGUGGUCCUGGUAUUCCUACCGAAUGUCCUCACAAGUAUAGCAAUACCAGUACAUUUUGACCUUGUGGGGACAUUUUUUCAGCUCGUGAAUCAGACAGAAUGAAUGUGUGUGUGUGUGUGUGUGGAUGUGGUCCUGGUAUUCCUACCAAAUGUCCUCACAAGUAUAGCAAUACCAGUACAUUUUGACCUUGUGGGGACAUUUUUUCAGCUCGUGAAUCAGACAGAAUGAAUGUGUGUGUGUGUGUGUAUGUAGUUGUGGUCCUGAUAUUCCUACCGAAUGUCCUCACAAGUAUAGCAAUACCAGUACAUUUUGACCUUGUGGGGACAUUUUUUCAGCUCAUGAAUCAGACAGAAUGAAUGUGUGUGUGUGUGUGUGUGUGUGUGUGUGUGUGUGUGUGUGUGUGUGUGUGUCUUCUAUGCCGCUGCUUGGACUGUUUGUGUGUGGUUUGUAUAAGAAGUCUCUUUUAUUAUGAAAGCCCAGAUGCAUUUAACUUUCCAAAGAUUUCUACGAACAUACUUUAAACUUUAGUAUAUUUGUCCCAACGUUUAGCUAAUUAGGAAUGUUAAAGACUUGUGUAGUUUAAAAAAAUGUUGCUUUAAACUAAAAACAUUGAGCGUGUGAUGAUCUGGUCAGUAAAUGUUAAUGGUGGGGGCUGAUUACAGUCAGUAUUCACUGCCCAGUAGCUGUUAUCCCAGAUAGCAUGUGAAUGUGGGCCACUUUAGGCAGGUAUGCGGCACUGGUGGUCUUUAUUCGGCCCAGACAAAAUCAAUGUGAGCCUGAAGUGGUCCACUUGUACAAUGGACCAAAAGGGGGGGCCAAAGAUUCUACUUCAUAUAUGGGCCAUUUAAGGCAAAGAUCUGGCGCUUAUGGCAAAAUGUAAUCUGAAUGUGGGCCUAAUGUGGCCCAUGUGGAAAAUGAUCAAUUUGGCCCAAAUGAUGGAGGACGAAAGUUGGCAAAAUAGUGGCCUAGUCAUUUAGGGGUAAUCUGGGUCUAAACCUUAAGUGGCUCACAUGUGUAAGUGCAAAUGUUAUCUUGAAGCAUAUGUGGGCCACUUUUGGCAAAUAUUCAGCACAGUAAACUCUGGCUAAUGUGGAUUUGAGCCUAUAGUGGCCCAAAGAAGAUAUGGGAAAUGUGGCCCAGUUAUCCUAAAACAAAUAUGGACCACUUUUGGCAAAUAUUUGGCACAGGUAGCUCUGGCUAAUGUGGCUGUGAGCCUGAAGUGGCCCAGCAAAAAUAUGGGCCAGUGUGGGCAAAUGUGGGCCAGUUAUCUUAAAGCAUAUGUGGGCCACUUAGACUAAAGUCACCAUCAUGGAGAAAAGUGUUUGCUUUAGUUGGGCUCUUAGCCCUGAACCUCUUAAUAUAAAUGUUAUUUUGGGCCGCUGUAACUUUUAAGAACUUUGCUUGAAAAGUGAGACACAACCUGUGAUUAAUAUUAUAAUUCACUGAUGUUUACCAAUGUUUAAUCCAUUAUCAGAAGUAAUGUACCAGAGCUGGGCCAGAAUAAAAGCAAACUGUGGCCCAGAAUAGGGUCAGUUCUGGUUCAUCUGGUUGACUUCUGGCUCAUAUGUGACAUUGCUUUGGCUUAAUUAUGGCCCAGAUCUGGCAAACAGGAGCGGACCGCCCAAAUGUGGGCCGGAUUUGAGCCGCAUGAAUUUUGCUAGCUGGGAUAACACUGAAUCAGUAUUGAUUAAUCUUGACUGUACAACAGUAAAUGAGAAUGUCCUAUUUUAUAAAUGAUCAGCUAUACAACAGAAUAAUUGUAUAAUACACUAUACUAAAGCAUUAUUAACUGAAACACAGACAAAAACAAUGUCUUUCCUUUAUCCUUUUUAAAUAACCACAGCCUUGAUUUAGGAUCAAAGCAGUGAAUUUACCACUGCCUGUGCAAAGUCAUCUUCAUCAUGUCCAAUCCUCAACCAAACGUAGUUGUGUGACAGAUCUACCGAGCACAACAUGUGUCAUUACGACUCUGUGGAGGCUGUUACAAUCAGUGACAGUUUAAUACAGUGAUCACCAAACUUGUUCCUGGAGGGCCGGUGUCCUGCAGAUUUUAGCUCCAACCCUAAUCAAACACACCUGAACAAGCUAAUCAAGGUCUUACUGGGUAUACUAGAAAGUUAGAAACAUCCAGCCAGGUGUGUUGAGACAAGUUAGAGCUAAACCCUGCAGGGACACCAGCCCUACAAGAUCGAGAUUGGUGAUCCCUGGUUUAAUAAGUGAGAAUGUUUCAGCAGUACUUACAGUUGAAGUCAGAAUUAUUCGCCCCCCUGUUUAUUUUUUCCCCCCAAUUUCUGUUUAAUGGAGGGAAGAU